AUGCUCUCCAGAUUCCUUCUACCGCUAACUUCCUUACUUCCUGUUCUGGUCAGCAGCCAAACCCCGGUGGAAAACAAUGCUCUGGGCACACCCAAUCUUGUCCACAAUGGAAGCUUCACCAAAGGGACUCCAGGAUGGGUGAGCAAACCUUCUGGUACUGUCCAGGAUGGUAUGCUCUGCGUCAUCGUUCCUGCCAACACUACUGCCAAAGCAAGCUACAUCCAGACCACUCAAAACUUUACUCAGAUCAAGAACGACAUCUACUAUCUGAAUUUCACCGCCUACGCCGCUCAACCCGUCAACAUCUGGAUCCAGACGAAUGGUUAUGAUCCUUCCGCUGGGGGCGCUCCAGUCGAUCCCAACCUGAACACCACCCAGGUCCCUUUGACAACGAUUCCAGGACCUUUCUCAUUCAUCUUUUCACCUGCCAAUCAAGAAAAUAACUCUACGUUGACCUUCUUCCUUGGUGGAAGCAACAAUCUCACGAACGAGAUCUGUCUCAGCGAUGUAUCUCUCCAUCGUAUCAACCGCUUGCCGUACUUCCAAGACACUGGAAGAGCGAUCAAGAUCAACCAGCUCGGCUACCUGCCAAAUGGUCCAAAACUCGCUACGCUGGUCUCGAAAAGCAACUCGUCCUUGACAUGGCAUCUAAAGAACAGUAGCGGUACAUCGGUUUCAUCUGGCCGGACAUUCCCUUUCGGCAACGAUACAUCAUCUGGCGUAAACGUGCAUACUAUUGACUUCACGAACUACACUAGCAUAGGCGCCAACUUCCGUCUGCAAAUAGAUGGUAGCGAACCCAGCUAUCCUUUUGCCAUAUCGGACCAGUUGUACACAACACUCCCUCAGGAUGCGAUGCAAUUUUUCUACCAGCAGCGUAGUGGUAUUGCCAUCGAUGCUGAGCUUGUUGGAUCGCAAUAUGCUCGGCCAGCCGGUCAUGUCAAUGUCUUCCCAAAUCAAGGCGAUGUCGUGACACCUUGUCAGUAUGCUUGGGAGUCGAAUGUCACAUAUCUCGAACCAUGGACAUGCAACUACACACUCGACGUAUCGCAAGGAUGGUAUGAUGCUGGAGAUCAGGGUAAAUAUGUUGUCAACGGAGGCAUUUCGACGGCUCAAAUCCUGAUGGCGUACGAACGAACGUUGUGGACAACAAACAACACUUUACAGUAUAAGCCGGUCAGUGAUGGGUCUUUGAGGAUACCAGAACGCUACAACGGCUACCCUGACUUCCUCGAUGAAGCUCGCUGGGAAAUGGAGUUUAUGCUCAAGAUGCAAGUUCCUGCAAACUCUCCGCCCCAGCUAUUUAAUGGUUCAUAUAUUGACAUGUCAGGACUUGUCCAUCAUAAGAUGCACGAUAACCAAUGGACGCCAUUGCCAACACCUCCAAACCUCGAUCCCAAACGAAGAGAGCUUCAUCGCCCAUCCACAGCUGCAACUCUCAAUAUGGUAGCCACGGCAGCUAUGAGUGCAAGACUCUGGGGUCUGUUCGACGCCGAUUUUGCUAAAAGAUGCUUGGAUGCUGCCCGCGUAGGUUACGCUGCCGCCAAAGCCAAUCCUGCUAUCUACGCUCCAGGUACUGAUUGGGACCUCGGAGGUGGUGCAUACAGCGAUGACGAUGUGCGAGAUGAGUUCUACUGGGCAGCUGCGGAGAUGUACAUCACGACCUCUGAAGCUCAGUUUGAGAAUGAUGUCAUAUCUAACUACUAUUACACUGCCAACGCAUCGACUCUGUUUCCUGACGGUGGCUUUGGAUGGUCGUCCAUGCAGGCGAUAGCACAGCUCAACCUUGCCGCUGUACCGAACAACAUCACUGGAAGAAACGCAAUCAUCAAGUCGGUAAUGACAGGCGCCGAUCAGUAUAUCGCUAUCCAGCAAACACAACCCACGGAUGUCUACAUAACCUCAUACCCCUGGGGCAGCAACAGCAACCAACUCAACUGCAUUCAAGUAGUCGCAACGGCCUAUGAUAUCUCGCGCAACACGUCUUACCGCACCUCUGCCUUGUCAGGCAUGGACUACAUCUUCGGCCGCAACGCAAUCUCUCAAUCCUACGUCCACGGCUAUGGCACCAAGACAUCGAGCAACAUACAUUCUCGCCUGUAUGCUGCUGAACUCAGUCGUCUGAUCGUCCAAGAUCCUAUUGUUCCGCCACCACCCAAGGGAGCUAUGGCUGGUGGUGCUAAUGAGAGUCCUGCGGAUCCACCUGCUGAUGAUGUGUUGAAGGGUUGUGUGGGUCAAUUCUGCUAUGUGGAUGACGUGAACAGUUAUAGUACUAAUGAGGUGGCUAUCAAUUGGGGUAGUGCGUUGGCUUGGGUGGCUAGUUGGGCAAGUAACCAUUAG